AUCUUGCCCAAUACCGAUGUUCGCGCUAUACGCGUCUAUCUAGACGAUAGGUUCUCCGUUUUAUACCUUGCGGCACCGGACGGCUAUCCUCUGGCCAAGGCAGCUGCCAAAAAAUUCCGGAUGGACACUCUUCCCAUCGGUGGCGAAGUCGAGCCAGUGGGACGCGCCCGUGCCCCUGGUCUUCCUAUUUUCCAGCUGUUUUAUCUUUACCCUGGAGUUCGAUAUGCUCUUUCUUUGCGGAGUACCGGCGAGCUGAAGUGGGGGUUUGGGGACCCCCAUGAGUUAGUCGACUUCGGUACGUUCCAUGAUCCAGAUCAUGUGUGCGAGAACAUACAGCGGAAUAUGGAGGCCGAUCUACGUAGAAUCCUGGCGGAUGCUCGAGCGGGAUACCCAACCGCACACAAGCCCUCGACGCUACCGAACGGCCAGCCAAUUGUUAUGUCGACCGCCCCAGGCUUCAUACCCGUCGUUGCGCAACUCUAUGCGACGGCGCCAAUACCAUUUCUCUCGCAUUCUUUGAUCUUCGAGUAUGCCCAUGCCCCAACUAUAUGCUACAAUUAUAGGCGGCCGUCCACAUUGCCCCUCUUCGG